AUGGAGCGUACAGAAGUGCAAGACCAACAACAAGUACAAUACUGUUUUCAUGACGGGAAUAUUUCUUGCCCUAAAGAGGUCAGACCAGUGGCUGUAUACAUUAUUCUUUACAUCUUUGCAGCAGCUUCAGUGAUGCUUACCAUUUUUGGAAACCUUGUGGUAAUAAUUUCUAUCUCUCAUUUUAAACAGCUUCACACACCGACAAACCUGCUUGUGCUGUCCCUGGCCGUGGCCGAUUUCCUAGUAGGUCUAAUGGUCAUGCCUUUUACUAUUAUUCAGUCUAUUGAAACCUGCUGGUAUUUUGGGGAUAUAUUUUGCUACCUUCAUUCUGCAUUUUAUCUUGUGCUCAUUUCAGCUUCAAUCAGCAGUCUUGUUUUCAUAGCUAUUGAUCGAUAUUUUGCAGUAUGUUAUCCAUUUUUGUACACUGCUAAAAUAACAAUUCCUGUUACAUGGGGUUUUAUUGGACUUAGUUGGUUUUUAUCAGUAUUUUACACUUGGGCCAUAUUGUAUUUUAAGGGAAACUCUGAUGGUGUCACAGAACUAAAAGCUUGCAUUGGAGACUGUGUUUUUGUGUUUAAAUCAACCUGGGGUGUUGCAGACACCUUUAUGACAUUACUUAUUCCCUUUGUAUUGAUGUUGGUAUUUUAUACAAAUGUGUUCAUUGUGGCAAGACGACAUGCAAGAGUGAUUAGUUCCAUGACUCAACAGAUAGCAUCCUCAGAAGUAAAAAAGAAAAAUGUAUCAAAAAAAUCUGAACGUAAAGCAGCAAAAACACUAGGAAUAGUAAUUUCAGUCUUUUUUCUUUGUUGGUUACCUUACUACAUUUUCACUCUUAUUGUUCCCUAUACAAAUGUACCCAAUCCUUCACUUGUGAUUCAUGCUAUGUGCUGGGUAGGAUAUUUUAAUUCAAGCUUAAAUCCCAUUAUCUAUGCAUUCUUUUAUCCUUGGUUUCAGAAGUCUUUGAAACUCAUAAUAACAUUUCGGAUCUGUAGCCCAUCAUCAUCGUUAAUUAAUCUGACAACAGAAAACCAUUAA